AUGGCCACUUCAUUUAGAAGACUGGUUCCCCCUGAAAUACAGUGUUCCAAUAUACAGUUACAUCGCACCGGUGUUGGUUCUUCUCACGGUUGUAUCCAACACACUGGUUUUAACAGUUCUACUGAAAAAGCACAUGAGGUCGCCUACAAACGUCAUACUGGCUGUUACAAUUUUUUCAAAUUGGUAUCCUUUUCCUGGUGUGUACCAUUGAGAAUGCUUUACUUUAUAUUGCCUACCAUAUUUCACACAGCAUCGAUCUGGCUGACGGUUGUACUUGCUGCCCAGAGAUAUAUUCGCAUAUGCUAUUCGCAGCUAGCAGUUAAGUGGUGUACAAUUGCAAAUGUGAUCAGAGCUACAGUGAUUGUAUACAUAGUAGCUUUUCUAUCACAUCUCACGACGUUUAUUGACUUUUAUGUUGUCCAAGUUACUGUACAAAAUUAUUCGAAUCCAAAUGAAACUUUUAAAGGAUGUUCAUUCCAUGAACCACAAUGGGCGAUGAAUAACAAGGUUAUGUAUAAAAAUACAUACUUCUGGUUUAGAAUAACAUGUAUCCAUCUUGUACCGUGCAUAGCGCUGAUAAUACUUAAUGGGCUGUUGAUAUCUGCCAUGCAGAAAGCGAAGAGGAUCCGCAUAAAACUUCUGAAAGCGGAAAGAGAGUCUCGAAAACUAAUGGAGAGAAACAGUUCAACCUUGAUGCUUGUUGCUGUUGUCGGUAUCUUUUUGUUAGUUGAGUUUCCGCUUGGUAUACUGAUGUUCCUUUAUGUCAUCGAUAACACAAUCGAUCUGAGGCUGUUUCCGGCACAUGUUUAUCAUAUUACGGCGAUGUUAUCGAACUUUUUCAUUCUUCUGAGUUAUCCAAUAGAUCUUGUCGUCUACUGUCUGAUGAGUGGUCAGUUCAGAGAAACAUUUAAAGGACUGUUUAAGAGUGGCUAA